AUGUCAGAGAACCGCGGUCAUCUAUUUCUCAGCGCUGGAGUCGCCGUCGACUUGUUCAGCUCUGCGACAUUCUCUUCGUUGCUGAUAGUAAAAGUACCUCCAGCUUCCAGUUCAUCUCUCCUGAUAGUACUGCAGAAGUGGCAGUUUGCACGUCUCCGCCGAGAGUGCAAUGAGGUGUCCAGCUCCUCGCUCAAAAGGUCCCUGCUGGACUCAUUUGCCGCAACCUCCUUUACCACCGCAGCAUUUCCCUCCAUCACAGCCCUUCCUGCCACAGCAGUGACAUGCAACACCACCAUCACCAUCAGGAGGCUGCCCCUCCAUAACUUCAACAAUAUCGCCAUCUUCAAUCUGGUUCUGAGAUGUGCCCAAGUCAAAGUCAGCGAAAAUCCUCAAAGUAAGAACAAUUAA